AUGCGGGCAUUCGCCCCCGCACUGCUAUCGGCGCUUGUCUUUAUACAGGUGGACUCUGCAGUUAAUAUCCUGAAAGAAUUAAGACGAAACGGAGGAAGCCUUUCUUGGGUGCUGGAACUUCAAGUGCGAUCUCAUCCCGAGUACACCAACAAGAAAGAAUAUCGGUCUCGGAGCCCACCCAUUCACGUGAAAGGUAUAACACAGGAGGAGGUGGAGCAUGCAGCAACACGUAAGCAGCUCCUGACAACUGCUGACACAAGAACCAACACAUCCCUCGAUACCAAGGCCCUUGACGUUACUCAACAACGCCCUGAAGGCACAGAUGCCCAAACUGAAAGGAUAAAGAGUGGUAAUGCACCAGGAAUUGAGAGAACUCUGGCACAGAAUGAGACUGAACAUACAACUACACAACUGGCACAAACGGAAACUGAGCUUACAGCAACACAGAAGCAGGUCCUAGUAGCUGAUAACAGUAGAAAUAACACAUUCAUGCGGACCAAAAUCCUUAUCAUUGAUGAAGAACGACCUCAAGGGAUAGAUUCCCACACUGAAAGGAGGCAGGGUGGUAAUUUACCAAGAAGUGAGGAAGCUGUAGCACAGAAUGAGACUGAGCGUACAGCAACAAAAAAGCGGGUCCCACUUGAUGGUGACAGAAGGACCAGCACUUUCCUGGAGACCGAACCACUUGGGGCUAUUCAAGAACGAACUCUUAGUUCAGAUAUCAAACCCGAAAGGAGACAGAACGGCAACUCACAAGGAAGUGAGGGAGCUCUAGCAAAGACGGAUACCGAGUAUACAACAACACAAACGCACGUCCUAGCAGCUGGUGAGAAAAGAACCAACACAUUCCGAGAGAGCAAACUCCCUGAUGUUACUCAAGAACGACCUGAAGGUACAGAUGCCCAAACUGAAAGGAGACGGGGUGGUGAUGUACCAGGACGUGAGGAAGCCCUAGCACAGAAUGAGACUGAGCAUAUAACAACACAAGAGAAGUUCCUAGCAGAUGGUGACCGUAGAACCAACAAAUUUUUAGAUACCAAACCCCUUGUUGCUCAAGAAAGACCUAAGGGCACAGAUGCUCAAACCGAAAGGAGACAGGGUGUUGAUGUACCAGGAAAGAAGGAAGUUCUCGCGCAGAAUGAGACUGAGCUUACAGCAACACAAAAGCAGGUCCCACCAGCUGGUAACACAAGGACCAGCGCUUUCCUGGAGGUCAAACCCCUUGCGGAUUCUCAGAAACGAAAUGAAGGCGCACAGGGCCAAAUUGAAAAGGGACAGGGUAUUCAGGUACAAGAAAAUGAAAAAUCUCUGUUGCCAUCAUUUGGCGGUAAUGGUUCAGAGACCACCUUGAUAGAAAGUGGGAAAGAAAUGCAUCAAGUCGCAAAGGAUUCUAAAGAGGCAAAGAGCUCGAGAACCAGCUCGCAGCGACAGGCACCAGGCUCGUGGGAAGCCACUGAGACUUCACAAGGAAGUGAUCAGCUUACAACAACGGAAAAUGAACGCCAGAUUGUUCAGGGUAAAUCUCAAAUGGCCAGAGGAGUGAGUGAUGCAACUACAGAAGCAAAUGAGGUUUCCUUGGCACCUGCAAAGGACCGAACUAAUCUGGAAAGGAGCAACGUGUUGACGGGUGCUGUAGAAGGAGCACAAGUGGCUGCCAGAGCUGAAGUGAACAGUCUGGAGCCAGAGGAAGUACUGAGGCAGACCGUAACAACCACAGAGGAGGUCGGGGUGCCCCAAACAAGCCAACUGGAGCGCUAUGGGGCAUCUCGGAGUAGCACAGAACGAACUGCAGCCUCAGAAGGGAACGGAGUAAAAUUUACGGAUGAUUUAACGAGCGGCAGCGGGUUCAAAACAAGCACGACAGGACGUUCUCUCGUGUCACAAGAUGGCGGCGAAACUGAAGUGGAUUCGAGUUUGGAAAAUCCUGCCACACUCAGAAUGUCAACGGUAGUGGACGAGAUGCAGGUACUACUGCAGGCCGACGCUACGACGGCGGGCGGAGGCGACUACGGAGCAGAAGUGGCUGCCAGAGCUGAAAUGAACAGUCUGGAGCCAGAGGAAGUGGCGAGGCAGACAACCACAGAGGAGGUCAGGGUGCCCCAAACAAGCCAACUGGAGCGCUAUGGGGCAUCUCGGAGUAGCACAGACCGAACUGCAGCCUCAGAAGGGAGGAUACGGCCUCUCGCUAUUGUCUCUGACAUAGGGAUAGAGGACACGGGCUUAGCCAGGGACAGUGAGCUCUACUACUACUGA